AUGGACGAUGCGCCUCCGCCAACAGAUCAUGUUCUGCGCCCACAUCAUAUUGUGCUGCUCAGCAUCAUCAUGCUAGCAUACAAGGAUCUCGAAAUCAAGAAACUCCCAGCACCCUUUGCCCUGCACCUUCAUCGAGUCCUUCUCAAUGAAAUCGCCGAGGUUGCACAUCCGAAGCCACACCAAGAUUUAAUCAAAGAGAUUGCCUCAGCUCCCAGGGCUGACUCCGACGAUUGCCGAGAGUUCAUGCAAGGAAUCAGAACCGUUCACUCUGACAUAUCAUCAGCUGAGAAAAUGAGCAAUUUUCUUGAAAAUGUUCCUUCUCUUUUCAUGGAAAAGAGCACAGAGAUGCGACGAUCACUUUUCGGGUACUUCUGUCGACGCUGUUAUGUCAGCUAUGCCAAAUUGUCAUUUUCUGGCCUCACCAAACUUCGCCUCGAUUAUCAAGCAUGGUGCGCUGGAGACUCCCAAGCAGGAUACGAAGCUGUCCAGAAGGACCAGCUCAACAGUGAUCUUCUCAUUCAUAAAACACAGACUGACAAGAAGACGUGGGCAAAGCCUGAUGCUUACGAAGCAUGGGAGAAGGGGAAAGCCGUUGGUGAUGAGAAUUUAGCUGCCGAAAACUUGCGGCGAUUCUUUGAACAACAUUUUCAUGAAAACAAUGACUCUGGAGUGCGACAACAUGCACUUCUGAAUCUAGUCCAAAUGCAUUAUACUCGCGGAGAAUAUGUUGCAGCCCGCAAAGUAAAGGAACCUCUAUUAUCAGAAGCAAUCACAGUAGCACGAACAAGCAACGACCGGCUAACACUCCAACAUUGCAUAAGCAUGCUACAUCGACUGCCUCCAACAAAACCUGGAGAAAGAUCUUUUCUGAAUGAGGUUCAACCUGAUCUCCACCCUCUUGAAAUCUUGUAUGACAUUAAAAAGCUUCUCGAUGAACAAAAUAAUCAACCCUUGACUGUAGCUUUUGCCAAGAUCUUUCAAGCCUUGGGUCUCUAUGACCAUUGGUUGGACGUACAGCUUGCGUUAUUUGUUGAAGACCAGCAAUGGGCGCAGCACGCAGUGCAGUCAGUGGUAUGGAGAGAAGCAGGAUGCGAAAAACUCGCAACCGUGGAAGAAAAUAUUGUGAUUGCUUUCACAGAUUCCGGGAGCGAGGAUUCCAACAGAAUCACAGUUCUCCUUAACAGAUCUUAUAAGAAAGCGCGACAAGGAAAUUACCAAGGAAGCUUGUCGAUGCUCUUGGAUCCCGAUGUCUGGCGUGGGCUAACCCUCCAUGAUUACGGGUCUUGGGCUCACCAACUUUGGCACAUUCUCGCCCUUCGAGCAACCCGUCGAGGACAAACUCGUUUAUACCGUGAAUUUCUUCUGCCCAGACGACCUCUUGGGUCGUACAACGAGAAGGAAUAUCUCUUCAAUACGCAAUCAGCGGAGAUGUCGCCGAUACGGGAGUCCCUGCAUUCUGUUCUGCAGAUACGACAAACCGAUCAAGCCCAAACAGCAGUUGAACACCUGUUACGGGGCUUGUGGGAUUCUGAGUUUCUUUGUCGCCUAAACCAUUACAGGACUGGAAUCAUUCUCCUGGCAGAUAUUGGUCUUGAGUUUGGCAUUUCAAAAAGGUCGAAGCGUAUCUUGGAGGAAAUAAUGCCUCAGAUCAUCGGCGGGGAAGAUCUUGAACAGCGAGCCGUCGCAGCGUUCACACUCGCUCGAUGUAUUAUCUCGGCUGGGGGUUCCAGUGCAUCCGCUCUUCGUGAAGCUUUGCCUUACCUACUGAUGGCGGAAUCCGAUCUUGAGGCUUUGGAAAUCUACCGCUCCCUGAAGGAUGUGCAGUAUACGCUAUCAGUUGUUUACUCCAAUCUGGAACUGGAGGCUGAGCGGGAUGAAUCAGCAAAACGGCACGCCUCGACAGAAUUGCGUGAGAGAGAGUUGGAAGGAGUGGUGGUCGACGAGGAAUUGAAAAACAUUUUUGAGCUAAUUGCUUUGAUUGGUGCCGCACUGGCAGAUCGGUGA